UACAAGGUAUAAGAAACCGAGUCCUAUAAAAUACGACGCAAUCGUGCAACGCAAUAGCUCAGUCUAAAAAUUUGUGUAAAAAAUGUCUCGUUUCUCAGUCGGUGUCAGUUUGAUAUUCAUUUUAGGUUGCGGCGCGAUUUGUUCUUCCGCUUCUGCCACCUAUUCCUUAGAAGACAAAUUGAAAGAAUUAGAAUCGAGACUCGAAACGAAAAUCGAUUUAUUAGAGUCUAAAAAUAGAGAACUUGAAGAAAAGGUGACGCAACUGGGGACCCAAUUAGAACGAAAUAAUGAAAAUAGAGACGAAUUGGCUUUACAAGUUGCUGAAUUGAAAACUAAAGUUCAAGAACAAGACAAAGUUUUAUCUGCCCUAUUGAGAGAGAAGAAUGAAUGGAAAGCAUCGCCAGCCGAUGUUUCGAUCAGGACUAAUCAAUCACCAGUGGCUGUCAAUGGAUUGCCAUCUUCGUGUGCAGAUCUCAAAAGCAUGGGCCACAUCUGGAACGGAUUUUAUUCCGUUAUGGGAAAUACGACGAUGGAAUCCGUUUACUGCGAUUUCACUAAACCCCCAAGCGAUGCGGGUUUCCAAAAAUGGAUCGGAUACAACGGCGUCAAAUCAGCACCCGUCUAUUUCCACGCUACGAGAUAUGAUAAAUUCAACACAAUGGGACUCCCAAUUAACUACACUUACAUACCGUUGAACGUAGGAAAUGCUAUGGAUGGGGCAUCAGGAAUAUUCACGGCCCCACGAUCGGGAAUUUAUUUCUUCGCCUUCACGGGACAGGUGGAGUUUCCAGCUUCAUCCUCACCUGAUCGUGUAGUGUUCCAAGUUAUGCUUGAAAUUAGUGGACUGAGUGAAGUCGGGAGGAUUGCAGUUACAGAAACCAACACCAUAGCUUAUCAUAGGAGUUUACUAACUCUUCAGGCGACGGUGAACUUGAAAUCAGGUGAACAAGUCUUGUUGAGGAUUAUCAACAUUGAUCCAGGAACUUAUUUGAAUGGCGACGGUAAUUCCUGCACCUUUUUCACCGGUUUCCUGUUGGAGGAGGAAAUUGCCGCGUCUGUUUAAAUUCGCGCGUUUUUAAAUUCAUUUUGGCGUCAGCAAAUCAAUUGAUGAAUGUGAAUUGACGAAUAAAAAUGCUUACUUUGCAUCCAGAUUUUUGUUUCAAGUCCGUAUUAAAUUGCUUAUUUGUUUACCAACUGCAAAAUAAUAGGCGCAACCUAACUACAGAUUUUCCCUACCCCAUACGCAUGCUUCUUAUUACGUAAUCCCAUAUGAAUUGAGCCACAGAAUUAUUUCCAUGACGUUUUCCUGGUGAAAUUUUUA